AUGCCUGAGGAUUUUGACAUCAUGAAGUGGCUGCAGGAGGGCACUGGUGGGAAGAAUCCGCACACCUCAGAGACUAUUGAUCCGAUAGUCGUCUCCGGCAUCAACUACAUAAAAGGCCUUGGUAUCACGAAAAUUGCGGCGGCAGGGUAUUGUUUCGGGGCCAAGUAUGCCGUGCGUCAUUACAAGAGCGGAAUCCAAUGCGGCUUCAUUGCUCACCCGUCCUUUGUGGAAGCGGACGAGCUCGCCGCCAUCACCGGACCGCUGUCGAUUGCUGCUGCAGAAUUUGAUGACAUCUUCCCAACAGAGAAGCGACAUGAAAGUGAAGCUAUUUUGGCUCAGACAAAGCAAAACUACCAGAUCAACCUGUUUUCUGGCGUUCACCAUGGCUUUUCCGUUCGCGGUGACCCGAAGAACGAAAAGGAGAGGUUCGGAAAGGAACAAGCGUUUUCUCAAGCGGUAUCUUGGUUCAAUAGAUACUUUGAAGCGGUGUGA